AGCACAUUGUUCAGCCAUAUUUCAUAGCAGUUUGGAUGGUUGAGAGGAUGACAAAAUUAACGAACGUUGAAUUGAUUUCCUAAUCACCAUGAAGACUAACGAGCUGAAUUCAUAGACUUGAUAUAGGAUAUUUAAAUUCAAUAGACUUUAACGAAAAUGAGUCAAACAAAAAGAUCAUGGAAGCUUCAGGAAUAUGUUGCACAUGGCAACAAUGUAAACUGUGUAGCUCUGAGCAGGAAGUCAGGCAGAGUAAUAGUUACAGGAGGAGAGGACAGAAAGGUCAAUUUAUGGAUUGUUGGCAAACCAAACUGCUUGAUGAGCCUAUGUGGACACACUACCCCAGUGGAAUCAGUCAGAUUUGGACAUGAAGAAGAGAUGGUUGUAGCAGGGUCUAUGUCUGGGGCCCUGAAGGUCUGGGAUCUGGAACAAGCCAAAAUAAUGAGAACCCUAACCGGACACACCUCCAGUAUUAAGAGCCUCGACUUUCAUCCUUAUGGGGAUUACUGCACCUCAGGUUCCCUGGACUGCAAUGUUAAGUUGUGGGAUAUCAGAAAGAAAGGAUGUAUUUAUACAUACAGGGGCCACAAGAAUGGAGUGAACUGUGUGAGGUUCAGUCCUGAUGGAAAAUGGAUAGCAUCAGCUGGAGAAGACAGUGUUGUGAAGAUCUGGGAUAUCACUGCUGGCAAAAUUCUGACAGACUUGACAUAUCACCAGGGACCAGUAAAUAUUGUAGAAUUUCAUCCCAAUGAACUCUUACUAGCAUCAGGAAGUUCUGACAAGACUGUGAAAUUCUGGGAUUUAGAGAAUUUUAAUAUGGUGUCCACGACUGAUGGAGACUCCACCCCAAUCAGAAACAUACUAUUCCACCCAGAUGGAACUUGUUUAUUUAGUGGCACAAAAGAUUUACUAAAAGUGUACUCCUGGGAACCCUCCAAAUGUUACGACUCUAUACCUGUAAAUUGGGGAGAAGUAGCAGACAUGGCUCUAGGACAGAAUCAACUGAUAGGGGCAUCAUUUUCACAGACCAAUGUUUCAACUUUUGUAGUAGAUCUGAAGAGGGUGCAGCCCUUUGGUGGUAUCCCACAUCAAGAAAUAGGAUCUAAUCUAUCUAGUAAAAAUAUAGAUGAGGUCUUCACAGAUCUAAGUAUUUCUAAUUCCUCUGUAUCAGAGGGCCUUAAACACAGUAGAAAUAAAUUCAUCACUGAGAGACCCCCUACCCAGUCCUCAAGACAGGCCAGUGUACCAAAAGAAGACAUCGAAGAACCAACACAAGACAGAGAGGAACAAGAUAACGAUUCUUUUGAAAUCGCAAAUCCUGAAGAUUACAGGGAAAUAUUUCGACCCAAAUCUAGACUAGAACAUUCCCCAUCACGGCACGUAGAGCCAUUCCAACCUCCCCCUGACGAUGGUAUGUUCCAAACAAAACGAAAUGUCUCUUCUCCUCGUAAUGUCAACCGACAACUCUCCUCAGAACGGAAAAGGUCAGCAGAGCGUAAAUCCAAUCAUUUACGCAAAAGUCAGUCAUCUAAGUCAGUCUCGGACGAUGGUGACAUGGAACCAGUCAGACAGCCAGCACCAACCAAAACCAGCAAAGUCACACCGAAGUCAACCAACAAACCAUCUGUCAAACCGGUCAGUAAACCAAGUCCACGGCAACCAGAGGAAGACAAAUCUGGCAUUUCACCGGAGGACUUUCUACCAAAGGCGGGUGGAGAUUUGGGCUUUGGUGGACAGAGAGUGCCUUCUGAGGGAGAAGCCAUGUCAACACUGUCCAGUGGACAUGAUGCCAUGGCUAAAGUAUUAGCACACCGAAGCAAGAAUCUUCAAAUAGUCCGAGCCAUGUGGACAUCGGGAAACACAAAGGCUGCAGUUGAUUCAGCUAUAAGUAUGAAAGAUCCUUCUGUGAUAGUCGAUCUGCUCAAUGUAUUAAACUUAAAAUCAGGGUUGUGGAGUUUAGAUCUGUGUUCCUGUUUGCUGCCUCAAGUACAAGAUUUAAUGGACAGCAAAUAUGACAGUUAUGUGACAGCGGCCUGUGAAGCCCUGAAGAUUAUGUUGAAGAAUUUUGGACCAGUGAUAAAGUCUAAUCUGACUGCACCACCAAGUCAAGGGGUGGAUAUAUCCAGAGAAGAAAGGUAUCGAAAAUGUAGACAAUGCUAUGAAAAUCUUUCCAUGAUCCGAACAUCAAUAUCAAAGAGAAUGGGAGCACCAGGGAAAAUUGGACAGCUGCUUCGUGAAAUUCAAAUUUUAAUGGCAAGCAUGGACUGAGAAACAAAACAAUGACUCAAUAUGUGUGGCUGCUUUUUCACCAACUCUGAAGAAUCUUUUCUUUGCUUCCUUGGGAUUUGAGGGAUGACCUUUGACCUUUCAAAGAUUCUACAAUAAUGUCAGAGGUAAACCGAAGACAGUCUGUGAUUAUGAUGUGAUAUUUAACGAAAUCUUGUGCUUUUGGCACACGGUUACUUCCUCAUAUUCAGAUUCUGAACAAGUCUUUUACAUCAAUCUGUGAAAAGAACAAAGAUUUUCUUCACUUGUACAUUCUCAAACAUGUUGCUAAUUUCUCUAAAGUUCACCAAAUGCAUGUGAUUUUUUCUUCUAAUUUUGAAAUGCAAGAGAACGUUUAAAUGCUAAUUUUUAAUAAUUUUAUGUUUAAUAUUUGUAUUAAAAAUAUAUAUUUUUUGUGAAAAUGAAAGUGCUAGAAGUGUAAGUUUUCUAAAUGAUGCUAUUACACCGUUUAUACUUAUUGGUUGAUGACAAACUAUUACAGUAUUUUACUGAUGCAUAUAUGGUUGUUAACAUUCCAAGAUGAUGCAUAUCAAUGCAAUAGAUGCACAUUCUUUCUUUCUCCUUUGUUUUUUUUUUUAUUGAAAAUCCACAUGUUGCUUGAAAUGGAGUAGAAAGAUAUACAUGUACCAAUUUUUUGUAUGUUUGUGUGUUUGCGAUAUCCCAUUACUGAUCUGCCUGUAAGAGAAUUAAUUGACUCUAUGUUUCCUGUGUUAUACAGGUAUCCACUACUUUUACAGUAAGGUAUUAAUGAGAUAACACUGCUCUAUACAUUCUGUGAAACAAGUGCUUCUUUUUUAAUUCAGUUGCAGCAAAAUGGUUGUUUAUUAUGACAUUUUAGAAUUUUAAAAUUAAACACUGUAUUAUACAUUUACUAAUUUUUUUUAAUUAUGAAAUUCACAAUAAAACUUGAGAAUAAAUGAAAAAGUAUAUAAUUCUGUUGUUUCUGCUGAGCAGGUACUAGUAGGAAGAUAAACAUAUCAUAAUCCCUUUCUUCCAGGUGUAAAAGCUUCAUUUGAGUAAUAGUGUGACAUUGUAGAUGCUAAGGAAUCAACCUUUAUAUAAGUUUGUUUCUUGUUUAUUUAUUAUUGCAUUGACAACAGACAUGCAUGGUGUAAACAGUUUUAAUCAUUGUAAGUCUGCACUCUCAUUUACAGUACAAGGUAUACAGUUGUAUAGAUAUAAGUUAUUGAGCCCCCUCAAACAUAAACUUAUAAAGGCAUUAGUUUCUUUCCCUGCCAAUAAUCUGCUUUAUUUUCCACAAUGCUUGAUUUUCAUUGAUGAAAUGUUGAAAUUGAAAAAAUGUAAAUAAAACUAAAUUUUAAAACAUG